AUGACUAACGUGAGCAUUUCAACCGACCCGGCCUUUCUCACCGACGAGACACUACAUGAGACCUAUGAGCUAGAUAUUGCCGACAGGCGUGGGGAACAUGUGCGCUUCGGCGAGCUAGUGGCUGGCAAAGGAGAUUCGAGGCUCCUCGACACGAUUCCCCACCACGCUAAACCAGCCCAAAUCAUCAUCAUUGGAUGUGGCGACCAUACCUUGAUUGGCCCAUACAUGGAGGAAGUCUCGGAAGAAUUUCCCAUCUACACCGAUCCCUCGGGCACACUACAGGAGAAACUGCAGAUGACCAGGACCUGGGACGGGUUCAACGAACCGCCACCAUACUCGAGCAGGUCAUUUCCCAAUGCGCUCUUUAACGAUCUGAAACAAAGAUGGAAACGUGGAUGGGGGGCGCUAAAAGGUGGUCCUGGGAAUCAACAAGGUGGUGAAUGGAUCUUUCAAAAGGGAAAGUUGAAAUAUGCGCAUCGAAUGCAAGCAACGAACGAUCAUUUGACGGCAACGCAAUUGUUGGAUAUUUUGAAGAUGGAUGUGAUUCAGGAUCAGGAUCAGGGACCAUCGACUUCACAGGUCGACGAAGGACAAACUGAAGAUGCGGAGGAGGCGCAGAAACCAAGGCAACAGAAUGGAGCGGAAUGA